AUGAAUUCCGGUUCUUUUCACCCAGCAGUAAAGAUGGCGGCGGCUCAGAGCGACGAGACUUUGAGUUCAGAGUUUCUCUCUUUCUCUGCGCGAGACACGGCUGCGCACUGGCUAGAGGCGGCCGAUCUGCAGCAUGAGGUGUACCGUCACCUGGCUAUAUACGUACCCAGAAUCCUCUGUGUGGGGGGGAGUGCAGCCAGCAGCAGGGAGGAGCAGCUGGAGGACCUGGCAUGUCAGCUGCUCCUCCUCGCACCCCUGGAGUGGUUCCUGCUGGGGGAGGAACCCUCAUCCGGCCUGGCCCUCCUGCAGGAGAACAACCAGCCCUCCCACCUCUGUGGACAUGUGUUCAGGGUGGGGGAGCCCACCUACUCCUGCAGGGAGUGUGCAGCAGAUCCCACCUGUGUCCUCUGCAUGCAGUGUUUCCUGGGCAGUGUUCACAAGGAGCACCGCUACAGGAUGACGACCUCUGGGGGGGGGGGCUUCUGUGACUGUGGAGACGCUGAAGCCUGGAAGAGAGGAGCUUACUGCAGGAAGCACACACCUACAGACACACACUCUCAGGAGGACCCUGUCUCCCUGCUUCCUGCUGACAUGGUCUCCAGGUGUGUGUGUUUGUUCUCGGUGCUGCUGCGGUAUUCCGUUGAGAUGCUGACCUGGGAUCAGGAGGACACACUGCCUGCAGGCUUGGAGCCCCCGGAGCGUGCAGACAUGUACCUGUGCAUGCUGUUUAAUGACGAGGUGCACACCUAUGAACAGGUGAUCUACACUCUGCAGAAAGCUGUGAGCUGCAGCCAGAAGGAGGCGGUGAGCUUCGCCACCACCGUGGACCGAGAUGGCAGGAAGUCAGUGCGGUUUGGAGAUUUCCAAUUGUGUGACCAGGCCAAGUCUGUGAUCGUGAGGAACACCAGCCGGCAGUCGAAGCCCCUCAGGGUUCAGGUGAUGCACUCCUCAGUGGUGGCUCAUCAGUGCUUCGCUCUCAGAGUGCUCAGCUGGAUGGGACACAUCAUACAGUACUCUGACGGUCUCAGGAGGACACUGUGUCAGGUGUGUGUGCAGAAGCUUCCAGAGGGAGAGUAUUCCUCUCUGGUGGACAAACUCAUGCUCAACGACUCCAAGAUGUGGAAAGGAGCCAGGAACGUUUACCACCAGCUGCUGAUGAACAGCCUCCUCAUGGACCUGAAGUACAAGAAGAUUUUUGCCAUCGAGUUUGCCAAGAACUACAGGCGGCUGCAGACAGACUUCAUGGAGGACGACCAUGAGCGGGUGGUGUCAGUGACGUCUCUGUCUGUGCAGCUGUUCACUGUGCCCACCAUGGCCCGGAUGUUGAUGGUGGAACAGGAUCUGAUGACCACCAUCAUCAGGACUUUUGUAGAUCACCUGCGUCACAGAGACCUGCAGGGACGCUUCCAGUUCGACCGCUACACCGCGCAGCAGGCCUUCAAGUUUGGACGCGUUCAGAGCCUCAUCGGAGACCUCAAGUACGUGCUGAUCAGCCAGCCCUCUGAAUGGAGCGAUCAACUCCGACUGAAGUUUCUGGAAGGUCUGGAUGCUUUUCUGGAGCUGCUGAAGUGUAUGCAGGGCAUGGACCCGGUGGUGAGACAGGUGGGUCAGCACAUAGAGAUGGAGCCUGAGUGGGAGGCAGCGUUCACUCUGCAGAUGAAGCUGACUCACAUCAUCUCCAUGAUCCAGGAGUGGUGUUGCACCGACGAGCAAGUGCUGGUGGCGGCCUACAGGAAGUGUGUGUUGCUGCUCAGGGCCACACACUCCUCUCUGGCUGAUGGGGAGCAGCCGCUCCACCUCAGUGUGUGUGGACACUCUGUGGAGACAUUCAGGUACCAGGUGUCCCAGGAAAAGGUGUCCAUACACCUGCCACUCUGCAGGCUGUUGGCAGGGCUCCAUGUUCUCCUCAGCAGGACUCAGGUGGCCUUCCGUCUCCCCGAGCAGCUGCCUCUGGGGGAUCUGAGCCCCCCACUCCUGAUCGAGCUCCCUCUACGCUGCCUGGUGCUCUGUGCCCAGGUGCAUGCUGGGAUGUGGAGGAGGAACGGGUUCUCCCUAAUCAACCAGAUUUAUUAUUAUCACAACGUGAAGUGUCGAGUGGAGAUGUUUGACAAGGACAUCAUCAUGCUGCAGGUGGGGGCCUCCAUGAUGGACCCGAACCACUUCCUAAUGAUCGUCCUGAGCCGCUUCGAGCUGUUCCACAUCUUCAGCUCUGCAGACUGCAGGAUCAGACUCCGAGAGGCCAACAAGGAUCUGGUGCAGCAGAACAACACUCUGAUAGAGGAGAUGCUGCAUCUCAUCAUCAUGGUGGUCGGUGAGAGGUAUGUCUCAGGUGUGGGACAGGUGGAGCCCUUCGAUGAGGUCAGAAGAGAAAUCAUCCACCAGCUGUCAAUCAGACCCAUGGCUCACAGCGAGCUGGUGAAGGCUCUGCCCGAGAACGGGAACAAGGAGACGGGUCUGGAGACGGUCAUCGACGGUGUUGCUUCAUUCAAGAAGCCGGGGGUGACAGGGCGGGGUCUGUACGAGCUGCGAGCUGAUUGGCAGAAACACUUCAACCUGUACUUCCAUCACUACAGCCGAGCAGACCAAUCCAAGGCUGAGGAGGCUCAGAGGAAGCUGAGGAGACAGAGAGGAGACGACACAGCCCUGCCCCCCCCUGGGCCCCCUUCUCUCUGUCCGAUGUUCUGCAGCCUGGUGAACCUGCUGCAGUGUGAUGUGAUGCUUGCCCUCCAGGGGGCCGUUCUGCAGUGGGCGGUGGAGCCCAGCGGGGGGGGCUGGACCGAGGCCAUGCUGCAGAGGGUGCUGCACCUGGUUGGUCUGGCUCUCCUGGAGGAGCACCAGCAGCUGGAGACCAGAAGAGAGGAAGAGGAGGGAUCCUUCAGAUACAGCUGCAGAAUCACCCGUCCAGGUGAGGCCCCCAGUCCCUCCGGCAGUGUGCUGGCUCUGCUGGAGAGUCUGCAGAACGCUCCUCACCUGGAGGUCCACAAAGACAUGAUCACCUGGAUCCUGAAGAUGGUGGCUAACGUGAAAACCAUGAGAGAACGAUCGUCCUACAGUUCCACAGUCACUGUGAGACCAGGACAAGGACCGGAGGAGACGCUGCGGGACAAAGAUAAGGCUGAGAGGAAGAGGAAGGCAGAGAUGGCUCGGCUGAGGAGGGAGAAGAUCAUGGCUCAGAUGUCAGAGAUGCAGAAACACUUCAUCAACGAGAACAAGGAGCUGUUCCAGCAGAGCCUGGAGGACCUGGAGGCCUCGGGAUCCACUUCAGAGAGCAGUCCUCCCAGGUCGGACCCUAUCUGCAUGUCUCAGGUGUGUUUGGGCCCACGGAGGUCAGGUGCAGCGCAGCGCCGUCAGCUGGUGACCUGCAUCCUGUGCCAGGAGGAGCAGGAGGUCAGAGGUCAGGGCAGAGCCAUGGUACUGGCAGCCUUCGUCCAGAGGUCAACCGUCCUAUCAAAGAACCGCCGCCACAGCUUACCUGAGCCAGUGCAUUACGACCCUCUGUUCAUGCACCCCGACCUGUCUGUAGGGACACACACUGCCAGCUGUGGACACAUCAUGCACGCCACCUGCUGGCAGAGGUACUUUGAGGCGGUGCAGGUGAAGGAGCAGCGGCGGCAGCAGCGACUCAGAGGACACACCAGCUACGACGUGGAAAACGGAGAGUUCCUCUGUCCUCUGUGUGAAUGUCUGAGCAACACUGUGAUCCCCCUGCUGCCUCACACACACUCACCUGACCACAGUGUGGAUCAUCCUAGUCUGGAGACGUGGUUUAAAACCACCAGUCAGCAAAUCGCAGCACUACGCUCCGCCCACAGGAGACAGUCUGGUGUACCGGAGGGGGUGGAGCCUGAUGUUCCUGAAGGCUUCAGAGUGGACUUUAUGCCUCUGAAUCCAUUCUCCAGCAGCAUCAGUGAGAUGAUUACCACCUUCAGCAUGUCCAUUUAUAAAGUGGCUCUGAAGCUGAACCCCAAUGAGCAGGACCCCCGUCCCGUGCUGAGCUGGGCCACCUGCGCCUACACCAUCCAGAGCAUAGAGCGCCUCCUGAUGGACGAGGAUAAACCGCUCUUUGGGAGUUUACCAUGCAGACAGGACGAUUGUCUGAGCUCUCUCACCAGGUUCAGUUCCUCCUGUUGGACUGCAGCUCCUCCAACAACGGCUCACACACACUUCCUCAGGCUGUUCACAGCCCUGGUUACUGACUCUCAGGAAGAGGGUUCUCUGUGUAUCCUCGACAUCGACAUGUUCCACUUGCUGGUUUACAGUGUGAUGUCCUACAGCUCGGUUCACUGUCUGGACCAAUCAGAACGCAGGACAGUUGACUCUGCUCACCUUCACCUGCUCCACCUGGUCACUGUUGCUCACCUGGUUCAGAUCCUGCUCACCUCAAUCACAGAGGAGGUAGGUAUGGAUCAGGAAAGCAAGGGAUCUGAGGAGGAGGAGCUCACCUGUCAGCUGUACAACACACUGAGGAAACACCUGGGCAGUGUGUUGGCGGAGCUCUCCUCGGGGUGUCAGUUGUCUCGGUGUGUGAGACUCGGCGUCUUGCCGUUCCUGAGAUCUGCUGCGCUCUUCUUCCAUUACCUGAACUCUACAGCGCCUCCUGCAGAGCUGCUGGUUACAGGUCCUGGCAAGUGGGAGGCGCUGUGCAGCUUCCUCAGUCUGCCCUGCAACCUGCUGCAGCUGCAACAACACACACUGCUGGAGACCCUCAUACACAGGUGGUGUUCACAUCCAGGUGUGCACAAGGCACUUCAGGGAGUGGGGGGGGGUGUCCGUUUCCCCCGGGAAUCAAACCGCCUCAUCGAGCUGCCGGAGGAUUACAGCACUCUGAUCAACCAGGCCUCCAACUUCCUGUGUCCCCGGUCGGGGGGAGAUAAGUCCCGCGCCCCCACCCUGUGCCUGGUGUGCGGCUGCCUGCUAUGCUCUCAGAGCUACUGCUGCCAGACAGAGGUGGGGGGGGAGGAUGUCGGGGCCUGCACCGCGCAUACCUUUACCUGUGGAGCUGGGAUGGGGCUGUUCCUCAGGGUCAGAGAGAGUCAGGUGUUGUUUGUUGCAGGUAAAACAAAAGGCUGCUUCUACCCACCCCCCUACCUGGACGACUACGGAGAGACAGACCAAGGCCUUAAACGGGGGAAUCCCCUCCACCUGUGUGCCGAGCGCUACAGGAAGAUCGAGCGUCUGUGGCGGCAGCACGGCAUUGCUGAGGUCAUAGGUCAUGCUCAGGAGGCCAAUCAGACGCUGGUUGCCAUUGACUGGCAGCACCUGUGAUGACAGAUGAACCCAUCUGCUCCCUGCAGCCCAGCGCUGACGUCCAAUCAGCUUCUCUCUGAAAACUCUGCCCACAGACAGGAACUUUAUUUAUUCAAAUCAUCUCCAGUUUUCUCUCUUGAUUGCCACAGAAAGGGUUAGCCCGUUACCAGGUGAACUCGUUAGCGGUUGAACUCGUUAACAGGUGAAUUUGUUAGCAGGUGAACUCUUUACCAGGUGAACUUGUUAGCAGGUGAACUCGUUAGCAGAUGAACUCGAUAACAGGUGAAUUUGUUAGCAGGUGAACUCAUUACCAGGUGAACUUGUUAGUAGUUUAAGUUUAGUUAGCAGGUGAUCUCCUUUGAAGUCGAACUCGUAAGCACAUGAACCCUUUACCAGGUAAACUUGUUACCAAGUGAACUCGUUAACAAGUUAAUUUGUUACCAGGUGUGCUUGUUAGCAGUGACUGGUUUGGUUUCCCAGCUCACUCCUGAUUGGUCUACACAUUGGAACAGAAGCUCCUCUAACCAGGAGAGUAACUACAUCUCCCAGGGUGCAUUUCUGUCAGAAACAGAAUCACAAAGCUUAAAGCCACUUCGUAGAGACAGUUCAAAAGUUCACCUUCUCUGUGGCAACAAAAACUGAUGGUGGUGGGUAAUGUAGUCCCAUUAAAGAAAGCAUCACAUUCAGUCUGUUAUUGUAAAAUACGCUUCCUGUUUCCUGUGGUUCAGUUGAUGAUUAUCUUUCGGUCAUUUUUCAACAUAUCAGAGAGUAUCAUGAAAUAUUUACUUUGUUAAUGGUAUUAUUUACAGAUGUGUGUUAGUUCUGGAGAGCUGUGUGAUGUCACUUCCUGUUAGAAUGACGUAGUUUUCCCGUUUUAUUUAUUUAUUUAUGAGUUUGUUAUGAAUCAGAUUUACCAUCUUGUUGUUUCCUCACAUAAAUCUGUUAAUAUGUGAAUUCUGUAUAAAGCAGGAAAUGUACCAUAUUGUAAUAACCAAUAAAGACUCUGAAGCAGA